AUGGGAAAAGAACUAAAAGCGUUGAAGCAAGGCCCGAUCCGCAUCGCAGCCCCGAUUUUUAAACUGUGGAUAUCCUCUAGGCUGGAGGGAGCCACAGCCACAAAGGGGGGAAGAAAGAAAAGAGAGAGAAGGGCGGAGGAAGGCAGAGAGACAGGAGUCCAGAUCAUUGGGCUUUCACGGUCUCACGAUCCUCUGUGCGCCACCACCGGCCAGGUGCUCCUCUUUCUGUUAUCAUCGUGGGGGGCACGGUCUUUCUGUAUGUUUGGCGAUAGUCGUCUUUAUCUGUCCCCCUCCUCUUCCGUUUCUUUUUCCUUUCCUUCGGUUGCGAUCCCACAGGACUGUUUGGUGUGUCAUUUCCCUUCACCCUUCACUUUGCAAGUUCACCCACCCAUCCCCCUGGCUCAACGCCCAUGGGGGAGAACACACCCUUUCGCAAUUAAUUGCCUUCCCCUACCAAUCCCUGGAUAA